CCUUUCCAGAAUAGGGAAAGCUAUUCCGUUUACGGUAACCCGCCGUCACCCCCGUUCGGACCCAGGAAAAAGUGCGGUCUUUAUAUGGAGUACUUGUCCUGAGAUUCUAUUGAUUGCCGCAACCAGACCGCAGGUCGCUUCGGAGCAUUAAGCCACGGGAUAGAGGCUUCAAUUACAAAAGUUCUGCUGACAUUGUUCUACGCGAUGCCUGUGAACUAGCAUCUGGCAAAUAAUCAAUUUAUGGUACAGCUUCCUUGAAUUUCCGUAAAAGAGUCGAACCUACUUAUCGUCAGCUAUGGCUUCACGGUUUCCACGCUCGAACCUUCACCAGCGUGAUCCGCGUGCAUCAUCCUCCCUCUUCGAUUCAUAUGGUGGCGAUUCCCGACCCGCCAGUAAGUCUCCUGGCCGAGUGGGUGGAUAUGGUUAUGGAGGAUACCCCAGUGAUGUGUCCGUAAAUGGGGGUUCGGUAGUCGGAGGGGGCUAUAGAACUGCGACGCCAAAUGCGAAGGGCCACUACUCCGAUGCCGUUCUGUCCCAUCUUGAGUCGCAGAAUGACGCCGAGGUAGAGGGCAUCAGUGCAAAAGUCAAGAUGUUAAAAGAUCUUACACUUGCUAUUGGCGAAGAAAUCCGGGAUACUUCGACUAUAACGGAACUUAAUGAUUCCUUUGAUAAUACUCGUCUUCGUAUACGUGGAAACAUGAAUCGCAUGCUGCGGAUGGCGGAACGGACUGGCGUCGGCUGGCGUGUAUGGCUGGCUUUCUUCCUGGCUGUUUUCCUUCUCUUCGCUUAUGUGUGGAUGACCUGAUUAGUCUGGGUAUAACUCUACUAGGUCGACUAGUACCCUGUUACUCUAGUACUUUCUUUGAGUCACGCUCUUCCCUUCCCGACAUGAGCCACAAAAGCAUCCGAGCCCAACUAUCUGCUAAUAUCCUCGCUGAUAAUUUGAUGACUAACAAACGAGCAUGGCCUCUGGAUUUUAUCUAUUUUUUUUUUGUCGACCCUUUCAUUGCGGCCUUUGAUGAUGUGCGACUGUCAGAUAUUUCGACAUUCCAUUCGAACUGUCCCUUCACGCUCAGUCUCCUGUAAUAUCUCUUGUACUGAGGCCACCGCCAACCCCUAUUUGUUGCCUUUAUGAUGAUGAUGCAUGGGUGGAGUUGUGGCUGAUAUGUCUGGUCUAGUCUGACGAUUCCUUUCUAAUGUACUACCUUGUGUAAAUAAUGGCUGAUCCAAUGACUAAUAUUCGAAGAGUACCAUUUCAACUGUUUUCA